UCCCAAUUCACGACAACCCAAACAAACAACCCCCCUACACACACACACGGAGGCCCGGUCCGGGUGGCCGUUUCGAUUCGAUGCUUGUGGCCGCCCAUCAGCGAACGAGUCGCAGCCGGAUCCCGACUCACCCGAGGGCGCUCGGCCGCCUCUGAAGCCGGAAGGAGCGCGCGCGUCGGACAUGGGGGAGCUCGCGGCGGCUUCCUCGCCCCCGCCGCCCGCCGUGCUGCAGGUGGUCUUCGUCGACGGCGAGCAGAGCGUGGACCUGGGCACGGUCGCCGUGCAGCCGUCGCUGAGCGGUGUGAAGCGGCUGCAGGCCGUGGUGGCGGACCGCGUGGGCGUCGCGCCGUACCAGAUCUCGGCGUCCCUGGCGCGGCCCCGCCGCGCGCGCCGCGUGCCCCUCGACGACGCCACCGACCUCGCCGCCGCCGUCGCGCGGGAGGGCAGCGGGUGCUACGUCGUCGCUGGGCUCCGCCGCUCCCGCCGCGAGCGACGGGGCGGCCGGUCCCGUCGCGACAGGAAGGGAGCCAAGGACGCGGGCGCGCCAGCGGAGAAGACCAUCCUGAAGCGCCUCCCGCCAACGGAUCUGGCGUCCCUGGUCGGCACUCCCCCUCCGCCGCUUCCCUUCCCCCACGCCGUUGCCGCGGCCCCGCCGCUCGCGCUCGACGGGUGGGGCUACGACGACUACGAGGCCCGGCUGCGGGAGCUGCAGCUUCAGCGCGAUUGGUACAUGUUGAGCACCGUGGGAGUGGGAGCGGGUCCGGACCCAGCCUACCUCCAUCUGGCGGCUGGCGGGCACCCGGAGCACGAGGAUCCGGCGGCGCCGUGGUCCCCGGGGCGGCGCCCGUCUCCGUGCCCAGAGUGCGAGGCGGCGGCGGCGGCCAUGCGCCAGCCGGCGUUCCACUGGUGCGUGCACGACGCGGUGGUCUCCGCUGUGUUCCGCUCCCACGUGGGUCCCAUCGAGCGCCCUCCGAAGAAGACCCCCUCUCCGCCUCCGCUUCUGCCUCUGCCGCCGAGCCCUGGUCGCCUCCUCGGCAUGCCCGUCUACGAGUUCAUCGACCAGCACCUGCUCUUCCGUCGUCGUCGCCUGCCCCACUCUAGCAGCAACUGUACGUAGACAAAAACAAGCGGGACUGCUGGAGUGGAUGGGAUUGGGGAUGAAUUGUGGAUGGACGGAGGUUGCGUGUGGGAGUUGGUUUGCGCAGCGCGAGGAGGUAGAGGAUUUUCGUUUCGAUAGUAGCUAGUCACCGCAGCAGUCGUUUCUCCUCCUUGGUGUGCAAGGAAGCCAUGACGUGGUACCUGGACGGACACGCUUGCUCGCUCUUGUCUCGGUCCGGCACGCGGCAGGGCUUCUUCGCCUGGUUCACCGUGGCACUGUAGCAGUAGAAAACCAAAUUUCCCCCCUUCCUUUUUUUCCUUUUUCUUUCCUGUGGCCUGUGGGUUGUGGUGCACUGGUGCGUGCCUGAACAAUGUGGCAUGGGCGAGUCCAUGGCUUGAUUCGUUUCGGCCAUAUUUGUGGACUCCUCUUUUGUUUUUCCUUUUUUCUGAGAGAAGAGAGAGAGAUUUGUUUCUGUUAUAUCGAAGUGGUAUAUGCAGAAGGCUUCUAUUGUAGCCUUGUGAGUGUAACUGUUCGUCUCGUGUAGGGAUGGCAACGGGUACAUACCCGUCGGGUAUUACCAUUCCAUACCCGUACCCAUCAAAAAAAAUUCUACCCAUCGGGUUACCC